GGACAGAGGAACAGAGGGACAGAGGAACAGAGGGACAGAGGGACAGAGGGACAGAGAGAUAAAGGAAAAGAACACAUUCAUUGAGAAAUACUGGAGAAAUUCACAUUCCCAGACGACACGAAGACGGAGGGGGAAAUACUAUUGUUCAAAGAGGUCUAGAACAAGAGAGAGAGAGAGAGAGAGAGAGAGAGAGAGAGAGAGAGAGAGGGGGGAACAGCGUGUGGACAUUGACUCCACAGGGUACACAUUCUGCGUCAGCAGAACAGAAGGAGUGAUCCUCCACACACUUCUCCUUUCAUCUGUCUGUCUGUCCAUCCAGUGAAGAAGAGGAGGAGAGAUGAAGACAUCUCAUAAUGACUAUAGUUCUCCAGACUCUGAUGACAUGGACGGGCUGAUCGAUGUGGGACAGGAAGACGGCUCCUGUCCAGUCACUGGGUCCAUGUCCCCAGGUAGCACGUCCCAGAUUCUGGCCCGGAAGAAGAGAAGAGGGAUUAUAGAGAAGAGGCGCAGAGACAGGAUCAACCACAGUCUAUCAGAGCUUCGGAGACUGGUGCCCACCGCAUCGGAGAAACAGGGCUCGUCUAAGCUGGAGAAAGCAGAGAUUCUGCAGAUGACGGUGGACCACCUUAAGCUGCUGCAUGCCAUGGGGGGCAAAGGGUACCUUGAUGCGCGGGUCCUGGCUGUGGACUAUAGGACCCUGGGAUUCAGACAGUGUGUAGGAGAAGUGGUUCGGUACCUGGGCUCUUUAGAAGGAGGGGUGGACUCCCCGGACCCUAUCGGAGCCCGCCUGGUCUCCCACCUCUCCCACUGCGCCAGCCAGCUGGACCCUCUUCUCCUUCAGUCGCCCCCCACCUCCUCCUCCCUCCCUUUUCCUCCCUGGCCGUGGAUCUCCUCCUAUCACCAGAUGUCACCUGUCUCGUCUCCCCACUCUCCAUCUUUCUCCGCGAGGCGGAGGGAGCUGGCACGCCUGGGGGGUGGGUGUUAUCCAUCCCGCUCAGCCGACACCCUGUGUCUCUCCCCCCUUGGGUGCCAACAAGGGUCCAUGCUCGCCCCUGCCUUGGUGUCUGGGCUUCGCAGGGUGCCCUCUCUCCCACCACCUUCCUCCCCUGCCCUCACCACCACCCCCACUCACAGACUCACUCAGCAGUCCCCUGGAGCCUCAGUCCUCCUCACCUCCUCUUCCUCCUCCUUUCCCACUGCUCCUCCACAAGUCAGACCCUUUCUCCCUCUGGGGUCUCCCGUGGGUCAGCGCAGGGGCAAAGCUGCAAAGACCUGGGGGACUGAGAUAGGAGCCUUCUGAUCCAGAACCUGUCAAAACGAUGCACUGUGUAAAGUUUGCUCUUAACCACAGAUCUGGGAUCAGAUUACCCUUAGCCCAGUGGAGGCUGCCGAGGGGAGGACGGCUCAUAAUAAUAUCUGGAACGGAGCAAAUGGAAUGGUAUCAAACACAUGGAAACCAUAUCUCGCUCUCGCUCUCUCUCGCUCUCUCU